AUGACGGCCUACGUGGCGGGGACCUUCGUGCUCCAGAAGUGGCUUGUCCUGCUGACGGUUUCCAGACCCGGGAAGCGCGUGGGGAGCCGGCGCGUGCGACGCGGCCCCUCGCUUUGUGCCUUGCAGAUCGUGGACCUGCUGCUGACGCACGGCGCCGACGUGAACAUGGCAGACAAGCAGGGCCGGACGCCGCUGAUGAUGGCCGCGUCCGAGGGGCACCUGGGCACCGUGGAGUUCCUGCUGGCGCAAGGUGCCUCCAUUUCCCUGAUGGACAAGGAGGGGCUGACGGCCCUGAGCUGGGCCUGCCUCAAGGGCCACCUCGCGGUGGUGCGGUCCUUGGUGGAGAACGGAGCGGCCACGGACCACGCCGACAAGAACGGCCGGACCCCGCUGGACCUGGCGGCGUUCUACGGCGACGCAGAGGUGGUGCAGUUCCUGGUGGACCACGGGGCCAUGAUCGAGCACGUCGACUACAGCGGGAUGCGCCCCCUCGACCGUGCCGUGGGGUGCCGCAACACCUCCGUCGUCGUCACCCUGCUGAAGAAAGGAGCAAAGAUAGGUUGUCAGACGUUACCGAGUCGCCCACGAGGUCCAGCAACAUGGGCGAUGGCCACCUCCAAACCCGACAUCAUGAUCAUCCUGUUGAGCAAGCUGAUGGAGGAGGGAGACAUGUUUUACAAGAAAGGUAAAGUGAAGGAGGCUGCCCAGCGCUACCAGUAUGCCCUGAAAAAAUUCCCCAGGGAAGGGUUUGGAGAAGACCUGAAAACCUUCCGGGAGCUCAAGGUGUCGCUCCUGCUCAACCUGUCCCGAUGUCGAAGGAAAAUGAACGAUUUUGGAAUGGCGGAGGAAUUUGCUACUAAAGCACUGGAGCUGAAACCGAAAUCUUAUGAAGCUUACUAUGCAAGAGCAAGGGCCAAACGCAGCAGCAGGCAGUUUUCAGCAGCCCUGGAGGACCUCAAUGAGGCCAUCAAGCUGUGUCCGAACAACCGUGAGAUCCAGCGGCUGGCCGCCGCCGCUGCCCGGGAGCCCGAACCCGAAGCCCAGCACGAAGAGCUCUAUUCCGUGCAAGACCUCUUUGAGGAGGAGUACCUUGAGCAGGAUGUAGAAAACGUAUCCAUUGGCUUGCAGACGGAGUCGAGGCCAAACCAAGGGCUACCCAUCAUCCAGAGCCCGCCGCCAUCCCCAGCUCACAGGGACUCGGCCUAUAUUUCUGGCUCGCCUCUUGGCUCUCAUCAGGUCUUUGACUUCAGGUCCAAUAGCUCCGUGGGUUCGCCAACCAGGCAAGGGUACCAGUCUACAUCUCCUGCUCUGUCUCCAACACACCAGAACUCCCAUUACAGACCUAGUCCUCCACACACUUCCCCUGCUCACCAGGGCUCCUCUUACCGCUUCAGUCCACCUCCUGUGGGAGGUCAAGGGAAGGAGUAUCAAAGUCCACCGCCUUCCCCGCUGCGUAGAGGACCUCAGUACCGCGCCAGCCCCCCUGCAGAAAGCAUGAGUGUUUAUAGGUCCCAGUCUGGUUCCCCGGUUCGUUAUCAGCAAGAACCUAGUGGUGUCAGUCAACUCCCUGGUAGACCAAAGUCUCCGUUAUCCAAAAUGACGCAACGGUCUUUCCAGAUGCCCCAGCUUCCCGUUGCGGUGCCCCAGCAAGGGCUGAGACUGCAGCCGGCCAAGGCGCAGAUUGUGAGAAGCAACCAGCCCAGCUCCGCCGUGCACUCGAGUACUGUAAUCCCAACCGGUGCUUACAGCCAAGUUGCCCACUCGAUGGCCAGCAAAUACCAGUCGCCGUCAGGGGAGAUGGGGGUUGGUCAGAGCAGGUUGGUCUAUCAAGGCUCAAUCGGUGGAAUCGUAGGGGACGGCAGACCAGUGCAACACGUUCAGGCAAGCCUCAGCGCGGGAGCCAUUUGUCAGCAUGGAGGUCUAGCUAAAGAAGAUCUUCCGCAGCGGCCUUCCUCGGCGUACAGGGGCGGGAUGAGAUACAGCCAGACGCCUCAGAUCGGACGCAGUCAGUCCGCUUCCUACUACCCGGUCUGUCACUCCAAGCUUGACCUGGAACGUUCUUCCCUUCCCUCCGGCCAACUGGGCUCUCCAGAUGUGUCUCAUCUUAUAAGGAGGCCCAUUACGGUUAAUCCCAGUGAAAUCAAGCCUCACCCACCAACUCCAAGACCGCUGCUUCAUUCUCAAAGCGUUGGCCUCAGAUUCUCUCCCUCCAGCAAUAGCAUUUCAUCCACCUCCAACCUGACACCUAACUUUCGCCCUUCUGCUUCUAUUCAGCAGAUGGAGAUUCCUCUCAAGCCAGCUUAUGACAGAUCAUGCGAUGAACUUUCUCCAGUCUCGCCAACUCAGGGGGGUUACCCCAGCGAGCCAGCCCGUUCCCGGACCACGCCGUUCAUGGGAAUCAUAGAUAAAACCGCUCGGACUCAGCAGUACCCCCAUCUCCACCAACAGAACCGGACCUGGGCUGUGUCAUCAGUGGAUAGUGUUAUUAGUCCUACAUCUCCUGGCAACCUCCCCCAGCCAGAAUCAUUUAGCCCGCCUUCUUCAAUCAGCAACAUUGCCUUUUAUAACAAAACCAACAAUGCACAGAAUGGCCAUUUGCUAGAGGAAGACUAUUACAGCCCCCAUGGGAUGCUAGCCAAUGGGUCCCGGGGAGACCUCUUGGAGAGAGUCACGCAAGCCUCCUCGUAUCCAGAUGUUAAGGUGGCUAGGACACUGCCUGUUGCACAGGCCUACCAGGACAACCUGUACAGGCAGCUCUCCAGGGACUCUAGACAAGGGCAGACAUCCCCAAUCAAACCAAAGAGACCAUUUGUGGAGUCUAAUGUGUGAAAGACGCUUGUUGGAGUAAGAUCCUUAUGUUUGCAGCACACACUUCCAAGCUUGAUUUCCAUGCAUAUUCUUCUUAUUAUUUUUAUUUCUCUUUGGUAGCUACAUGACCAAGUUUCUCCGGUACUUUGUGCGGUGGUCAGACAGCCAUGCACGUGCUCCAGCCCUCUUGUCACCCAGCUGACUGUGAAGCCACCAUGAGACGAGCCGGUGCCAUUUGCCCAACUCAAAGCAAGUUCCCUCCCGGUUUUCAGCUGUCAACCAGGAUGUUUUAGCACACGAUGUGGGGUAGGCGACAACCAUCCCCUCCACAGUGGGAGGCAACCAGCUCUUCUCAAGAGACA